AUGGGCAACGCUUCAACUUCCAUUUCCUCCCCUCCGCCGCCCAGCGAGUCAACAUCCAAACGCGUCACCGGCUCCAACUGGGGCGACCUGCAUCCCAUCGGCAAUCCCGCCACGGCGGCCUGGCACCUAUGUAUCUCAGGAACAGACGCCGCCAAGCUCCUCCUCGGCUACCAGCCGACGUCGAUGGACGAUCGCUGGAUGAGUCGUUCGGACGGGCCAGAUGCGCAGGGCACGAUGGUGGUCCAUGUGUACCGGAGUUGGACCGGCCACGAGCAGUUUCAGGUCAGGGCAUCGACCCGAGCAGUUUCGGAUGGGCCCGGACCCGCGGACGCGGCGGGAGAGGGGGCUGACGUCGGGGCGGAAAUUACGGAGAUUAUGUGGGAUCAGGGUGACGGUCCUGUACAGGUCGGCGAGCAGGAGGCUAAAGACAUGGUUACUAUGAUUUUUCGUCGGGUGCUGGGUUGUAAAUUAGAGCAGGCGCCUUGA